AUGUUUUUGAAGUCAGCUGUAUUUUUCCUCGUUCAUGUUUUCAUCACCUGCACAAAAUGUCAUUCCUACAUUUUAAAGAAUAAAUAUUUUGGAAAUGUGUUCUUCGUGAAUUCGCACAUAAAAGAUUUUAGCAAGAAUGACGAGAAGAAGGUGGUGAAAUUACAGCGCAACAGAAAAAGGGGUGUGUUUUAUUUUCCCGAGAGAAUAUGUGCAGCCGGGAGGAGGGGUGUGCACAGGUGGGUUAGGACAAAGGGGGGCUGUUCUUCUACAAGGUGUUUUUUUAAGUCAAAUGGGGGGGCGGUCCUUUUUCCACGGGGGGGGAACAGUGGCGUUGUAACGGUUGGUGGAAUGGUCGGUGGUGACACCCAUCUGAGCAACCUCGAUGGAGGUGACUGCACACGCAGAAGACGCAUAAGCAAACUCUUCUCUGACAGCUUUGAAAAGGCUUUUAAAGAAAAUUUCGACGAACGGAGCCGGCUGAAGAAGAGCGAGCUGAUCUCCAUCUUAGCCUGCAUCUGCACAAACAUAGUUAUAGAGUUUUUAAAAAUAAAGGAGGAAAAAAAGACCGAGGAUUUUGAGUACCCCUUUGACUAUAGCCUUAUGAAUAUCCUAAAACUGGUGAACUUUGAGUAUGACGUGAAUGAGGAGGUUAAGAAGAAGAGGAAAAAGGAGAAGAAGGAAUUUAACAGGAGGAAGUUCAAGGGGAAAGGCAUCCUCAAUGACACUGGUGGGGGAGAGAAUAAUCUAGGCCAAGUUAAUUUAGGAGGAUCCCUAAAUGGAAGCCUAUACGAAGAAACGGAGGAAGAAGUCAACAUAAAUAUCGACAAUAAGAACACAAAGGAAGAAAAUGAAAAAUUGGACGAGUACAUAAAAAUGAUGGAAUACAAUACAAUGGAAAUUAAGCAUAUAGAACCUUAUAUCGAUCUUUUUUUUGGAAAAAAAACAUUUGAAAAAGUUUUUAUAAAGAAUAAGAUAGAUAUACAGAAAAUUUACGAUAAGCUAAAUGAGGCCCUGUUUGAUAAGUGCCAAGAAAAAGCAAACGUGAUGGAACUACAGAAGUUUGUCGAACACGAGGAAAAAAAUUUGCGGAAGAAAAAAGUUCAUGUGAGGAAUAGCUCCAUGUCUUUUGACGAAUAUAUGGAUGGUCUGGGUAACUUGGAGGAGAGCAAGGGAGUGAAAGAGGUGGAAAAUAUUCUGUACGACGGGGAGGUACCCUCAGGGGGGGCAACGAAAAAGAAAAAAAAAAAGAACAGGAAAAAUGGCAGCGUUAUCAACGGGGUGAAAAAUAGUGGAGGAAUGGAUGAAGAUCAUUUGGGGAUUGAUCUGGGGGACGGACCGGACAUGGACCCACCAGAUGGGGAUACCCCAGACGGGGAUAGCAGCAGUGGGGGCAGUAUCGACAGGGGCGGUGACCCUGGAGUUGAAGAUUCCGCUGGAAGUACAAACAGGGGGAGUGAAAACGAUGGAGACGGAGGACACAAAAAUUUCUCGGGGGAAGGGUAUGAGCGGAGGCAGGAAGAAUUCGAUGGGAAAGAGGAACACAACCAACAGGGGGGAAGUGCGAAAAGGGGUGGUGUGGAAUUCCUGAAUGGAAUUUCCUACGCGUUGAUAGGGAAGGAAGCAGAGAUGGAGACAAAGGGUGACGCGUCGGUGGAAGAUGCAACUGUCGACGCAGGGGGGGAUCCCCAGGGGAGUAUUGUCCUGAUAAAAUUCGUGUACGAUAAUAAGUAUGAGUGCCAAUUUAGGACGGACAUAGGUGUUAUAGCGUACCAGAAGGUGGGAACGAAAUCACCACAUGAUGUAGGAGAAGGAUUAAAAAAAAUGUGCAGUCGUGUCAUCGGUGGGGAGGUUUCAUCCGACAGCGACUUGAUCAGAGGAGGCCCUUUCAAGCAACUACUGGAAGAUGUAAAUUUUGAGGAACUGUAUGAGAUGCCGUACAAGAAACGUUUUGCACGAAAGCAGAGCCUCAUUAGGGAAAUGAAUAACUCAGUUGUGGCGCAAAAGGGGGUGAGCGAAAUUGAUGCUUACCCUCUGCUGUAUGGCUACCUGAAGGUAUGGGAAGAAGACUUACACUGCUACGAGUUGAACAAGGUGGAAGUGAGGCACAUGUGUGGGGUGCAGCAGGAGGAAAAAAAAGGUGGAGAGAAUAUGCAAAGUGCAAAAAUGAAAUUAAACUUUUUUCGCAAUUACGUUGUGGGGGAUGGUCAGACGGAUGACAAGACGGAUGACGUACUAAUCGAUAGCGAGCAGUACAGACAAGUGGUACACGCGAAGGAUGAUAAGACAAAUGGAAAUAUUUAUGACUUGCUGGGAGGAGACUUUUCAAACAACGACUAUAUUUCUUUUAAGGCCAAACUGUUCAUCAACAAUAGGAAAGAAAUUAACGGCUAUGAGGAUUUAAUAAAAAAGAUGCGGUGCGACAAUUCGAACUUAAGUGUAAGCAUACUGAGUCGCUUGAACAGAAUAAAGGAAGAACUGUCCUUCGUGUCGGGUGAGGAGUUUUUAAAAAAUUACACGUUCGACGAGGAAGACGAGUUCUUCAACUUUAACAGAAUUGUGCACAGGUGUAUUGUGGAGAGUAGGUACCAUACGAUUUUUCUAAACAGCGGUGGUGGACUCAAAGGAGGAGAAAGGAAUUUUAAAUUGUUUUGCCAUUAUGAUAGCUUUUCAGGCAGUAACAGGAGGGGAAGUGCCUUGCGGACCGUUAGGGAGAGAAACAUUUUCGAACCGCAAGGAAGAAAGGGGAUCACCCGUCUGCCACCAUCCAUAGAGAGAGCGCUUCCCCUUGAUGCAAAGGCAAGUGCCGAGGAAAGUUCGAAAAAAAAGGAAAGAAAAGAAGGAAAGAAGAAGAAGAAAAAAAAAAAACACCUCGGUGAAGCUGAUUUGGUGAGCACUGAUAUGGAGGGGGAUGACCCUUUUAGCGACGAAAUGGAUAAAGAUUUGCUGCGCUUUGAAAAUAUAGACAAGAUUAUGGAGGUACGUGGGGAAGGCGAAGUGACCAACAAAGUGGAAGAACAACUAAAACGGCAACAAAAUAGGAACCAUGAGAAAAGCAAAAAUUAUUUGGAAAAAAUGCUGGAAAGGCAGAAGCAAGUAAACGACUUUUUAAGUUUAGAAAAAGCACAAGAAAGUGUAAAAAAAAAUAUAAGCGUGGUAAACUAUGAAGAAGCGUUUAAGCAGCUGAAGGGCCAAUUGAAGGGGAAGUCCAAGGGGAAACAACAGGCAGUCGGGGAGGAGGGCGAAGUGUCGGAGAGUGACCAGGCAGAUGAAACAGAACUGAGCGAUUUAGAUGAUAAAGAAAUCGAAAGGAAAAUUAAAGACAUACUACAGGGGAAGAACUUAAAUGAGGAAGCAAAUCGGUUAGAUCGGCUUGAUGAGAGAGGAGGAGUGGAUACGCAAGAACAUGUAGGAAAGAAGGACCAGAAGGAAGACGAGGAAAAGAAAAAGAUAGAUGACUUUUUUAAAAGCAUGAGGGUGGAAGUGAAGUUGAGUAGGGACAUGUGCGUGGGGUGUGGAAUACCCUUUCAGUCGUCUGACGAGAAGAAGUUUGGUUUUUUGAAAAGACAUGUGUACGACAGGGUGGUCAGCAGGGAUGAGGGCUUUGACAGGAGGGAGAUACUGCGGGAUAUUUACGAGGGGGAUGGGGAGGAUGGAAUUCUGACUGGCCAAGGGGAGGAUAAGCUGAUAGAUCAGUUGGGCAGCAAGCUGAUUGACCAGUUGGGGGGCGAACCAAAGGAACUGAACCGCAAGGAGCAGCUGCUGGGGGAGUUUCACAAACUGAGGGGGGAAGCCAUGAGCAAGGUUGUUCAGUUGGGGAAGGGUGACAAUUCUGAGGAUGGAAAAGGCGUCUCUGAGGGGGUCCAAUCUGCCGAAUGGGAUAACACACAGGGAAAAGGUAGCAAUAUCAUACAGAACAAGACGGACAAACCAGAAGCAGCGGAAACGACGGAAGAGAAAUCCUACUUAUGCGAACGAUGCUUCAAUUUAAAAUACAAAAAUGACAUAAAGGACAGCAUGAUAAUUAAUUACACAAAUAAUAAUGAAAUUAGUGCCCAGGAUUUCGAAAAAUACGUAAUAAAUAUUUUCAAGAAAAGAUGUUUUAUAAUUUACAUUGUAGACAUUUUAGACUUGUACGUUUAUUCAAAUUUGAAAAAUUUAUUUUUUUUAUAUAAAAUGCAUUCGGAUAAUAAGGGUAAGAGUGAAGGUUUUUUUUUUUGCAUAAAUAAGGUUGACCUUUUACCUGAGUAUAAAGAAUUCACGGUGAAGAAUUAUGUGUACAAUUUUUUGCGAAGUAACAAGAUAAAUGUUCUCUUUCGGAAUAUUUUUUUGGUGAGCGCCAAGACGGGUUACAACGUGAAGAAGCUCAUUUACACGGUUUAUAUGAGGAGUAGGGUUGUGCGCAAGAAGCGGAAGCGGCGGGGCGAUGAUAACAAGGGGGAGUCUAAAAUGGGGGAGGCUAACAAGGGCAAAGUAAAGGGUGACCAAGUGGACGCUGAGGAUGAAGAUGAUGAAGAGGAUGAUGAAGAUGACGAUGAUGAUUAUGAUGAUGAGGACGAGGUUAACCUUGACCGGGUUAAGGGUGACGAUCUGGGCGAACUGGCCCCGCCGGAGGGAGAAGUGUCAAACAAGAGGAAGAGAUUCAUCCUCAAAAACGUGAACAUUUACAUCGUGGGAAAUGCCAACAGCGGGAAAUCCUCCCUCAUUAAUUACCUACUGAAAAAUGUAAAAAAGAAGGAUAACCGAAAUUUUCAAAUUAGCAACAGCAUCAUUCCAGGAACAACUUUGAAAAAUAUACAAAUAAAGUUAAGCAAACAUAUAACCAUUAACGACACCCCAGGAAUUAUUUCAAGCCAGUCCCUUCUCUCUUGUCUGAACUUUGAUGAAAUGAAAUACGUGGUGUGCACAAAGUUGAAAAAGAAAGUGCGAUCCAUAUACAUAAAUAAAAACGAUUACAUUUUUAUCGGCGGACUUGUAUACAUUCACAUUUUAAAUAUUAAAAAGUAUUACGCCAUUAUGUCUUUUUUUAUGUCCGAAAAAAUUCCCAUCAUAAAAAGGAAAAACUUUUCCAAAGACGCAAGGACCUUUUUAAGGGAGAAGAUCAGCACCGGGUUUCUUUACCCCCCAUUUUCAGUAGAAAGAUUUGACCAACUGAACAAUUUUAAAGAUUGCUAUUUUAAUAUUACCAAUCCGUGUGUCGACCGGGACAGUGGUAGUUACGACAUACAUAUACAGGGCUUGGGGUGUAUCACUUUUUACUCAUUUGAGAAUGUAGAAUUUUAUUUGUACACACUGAAAAAUGUGGAUGUCGUUUCGAGGAGCUCCCUCAUGCCGUAUCAUAAGAAGUUUGGGAAUCUGAACAUUUCCAAGGGAAAGUUAUAA